CCCUCUCCCGCAUGCCGCGCCCCGAGCGCACCCCUCUCCGCACUUCUCUCGAGGCCGCAGCAUCGCACAUGCAACAGCCUCUCACAGCGCAUGCGCUGGCUCGCCUCGGCGGCGCUUCGGCCUCCUCUGGCGCCGUCGAGGCCUACGUGGCCUCACAGGCGCAGCAGCACUUCGCCGCUGCGCCGCCGCGACUUUCGAUGCCUGCUCAGCCGGCACCGCACGACCGCGCCGCCUUUACGGGCACGCCACGGCCUGAGAAGGAGCCGCCGGCACUGAGACCUGCGCUGGUGCCGCGACAGCCGGUCGCCCGGCACGAUGGCGCCAUCACGGACUCGGCAGUGCCGGAGAAGAGCAAGAGCGUCGGACGGGCAAGGUCGAUGCGCGCUAGAGACGAGGACCGUGCGUCGCGGCCAGUGGCCGAGCCGUCCAGCGGAGCAGCAGAGAAACGGACGAUCGAACAGGCAGGGCAUCGCUCCGACAAGAGGGCAGCUACUGCUGAUCGUACACGGCCGAACGUCGCAGCACCGGCCUUGCCAGCUAACGAGGCUCGUGGGCUGCCGGAGGGCUACUGGGCAGACGAAGCAGCCGUAGCAGCACGGCUUGAGGCGCGAAAGCUCGAGCGUCGCGAUCGCAAGGCGCAGCGCAAUGGCAUUCAGCCAGCGGAGGCCACACCAAAGACAGCAGCAAGAGUAGUAGACCGCAGUGCCCCGCACGCCACGCUGCUACGCCGGGCCAGUCGGCAGUCGAGCAAGUCGCGAGGACGCGCAGAAGAUGCUGAAGAGGAGGAGCUACCAGAGAGGGGCAAGGGCCGAAAGCGAGGCACGACCACGGCGGAGGAGACGCGCUCGAAGCGGCUGAAGAAGCAGACGGCGAAGAUCUCGCUGUUGCCGAGCACGCGAAGCGGCAGUAGCCGGCUGACGAACGCACCGGCCCGCGAGCCCCUACUUGGCCUCUUCAACCACGGCGCCGCCUCCGGCCCGACGAUGCGCGGACCACGCGGCACGCGCAGCACGCCGACGGACCUGAUGUUCCGCGAGCGUCCGUUCCUGCAAGGCAAGACGGCAGGCGGCAGCGGCCGUACGAAGCGGCGCUUGAUCCAUGCUGAAGAUGAUGCCGAGGCAUCGGAGGCGAGCGUGGACGAUACGAGGGAGAAGAGCAAGAGGCGCAAGGCGCUCCCGCCUGCGGACGAACGCCAAGCCGCCGAGCGACUCGAGCCUCAAGAAGCGACGGGCAGCGUUGAUUCCGAUGCAAGCGAGGCGCAUUCGGCGCACUCGCUUGCGCAGCGGCGGCGAGACAAGUCGAGCAAGGACGCGCUCGAGGCGGGCCCUGGCGCAACAUCGGCCUCCGACCCGUCUGCGCAACUGCAAGACGAGGACGACGCACGCUUGCUGCUCUUCCAUCAACGCCAGCGCGAGGUGCAAACGUCGCCUGAAUGGCGCUCCGCGACGUAUGCGCAGCGCCAGCGUCCCGCGUCACCAGUCCGGCCUUAUCGGCCAAUCAUCGACAGCAGAGCCGCUUCGCGAUCGACUGCCUCGCCUGAGCCGCCGGCGCGUGCGGCACGCGCCUCGCUGCAGCGCUCCAGCACUGCUCCGGAAGCACAGCCUGCAUCUUCGUCGUGCGCUCCGCUGCGCCAUCUGCACCCGCUCGAGCGUGCCGUCGAGCAUUCCGUGCCCGAGACUCGCGGCGGCGGCCUCAUGGCGUUCGGACCGGGCGCAGCCGUGCCCUCGAAUGCCUGGCGGGCACCGCACCGGCUAGCGGAGCUGCACCGCGGCGGUACCUCCGGCGAGCAAGAUCUGGCAGCGUUGCCACGGCCGCGAGGUGCGCCGCCGCAGCCGCUCGAGCACCUGGGCUUGGCGCUCGAGACUUCCUCUGAGCCUGGCGGCAUCGAGACACGCCGAGCCGAGCCGCGUCUGCACCGCAGCAGCUCGUUUGAGGCUCUGCUGCGCGCGUGCGAACGCGGCGAGCUCUCACCAGAGCCCCAAGUACGAGCUUCUGUGCCGCCAAACGAGGCGCUUGCCUGGCCACCGCGAGCGCCGCAACCAUUCCAGCGACCAGAGCUGCGCGCUGUCUCGCCACACGCAUGUCCAGAGCAAGACGAGCUCUGCGAGCAGGUGCUAGUGCAGCUCGAAGAAGCGAAUGCCUUCGACUGGGACGCCGAAAGCGUCGCAGGCGCUCGCAUGCCUGCCCGACAGUCGCAUCAUCUCGAGCAAGAGACUCGGCACGAGCACGAGCCCGAGUUCGAGCAAGAGCCAGAGCAUCGCUACCUUCUUCCACACCUUCCCGUGCUAGCGGCCGUGCCGCAGCCGCUCUCGAGCGCUGCAGACCCGCUCGACUUCCUGACCGGGCCCGGCCAUCCCAGCACGCCGCCCACAUCGCACCGCGCCUUCUCCUACGCUUUCGACGCGCCACGUCUCACGCCGUACCAGCACGCACGUGUGCUGCAGACUGCCGCAUCUGCAGCGCAGAGCUUCAGCAGCGCCGAAGAUCCGCUCGCUGCCUGCUCUGCUCUGCCGUCGCCGGCGGCGGAGCCAGACUCGGAGAUGCAGCAGGAGCGCGAGGACGAGCUGUGGCAGCCGCGCUGGCUCAGGCCUGAGCCGAAGAAGCGCUCGAGCCACGCAACGCCAAGCAGGAAGCAGAUGCAGGGCUUCUGGAAGCCGCGGGCGCUCUAGGCCAUCUCGAGACGCCUCCGUCCCUCUCGCCUCGCCUUCUCUCAUGUACUCACAUUCUCCAUUUCGCUUCUUCUCUUCACGUCGCGUGUCACCUGAGAUACCAAUCGAUCACAUUCUCGAC